UCCGGAUUACGCCACAGGAAGAGAAAAUGGCGCAGCCCAUGAUACUGGUGAGGUUGGCUAGUAGACACAGAAGCAGAGGUCUGAGGAACUUCAGGGGUCUUCUUCAAAUGAUGACACAUUCCGGAACUAUCAGCAGAGAAGGACAGACUACUGGGCGAGCUUUUUCUACUGCCGCAAUCGGAGGUGGUCAACAGUGCUACCAUAAAAGGGAUGUAGACCUGACCCCCAAAGUAGACAGACAUCUACUGUUUGACACUCACACACUGGUGACCAGACUGGAGACCAACGGAUUUACACCGGAGCAGGCAGAAUGUGUGACUCUGUGUCUGAUAGAAAUCAUGAACAGCACUCUGGAGAAGAACCAGAAAGAACUGGUCAGCAAACUCCAGCAGGAGGUGAUGAUGCAGCAGCUGAUGGCACACAUGUCCUCCAUCCGCAAGGACAUGGUCAUUCUGGAGAAGAGUGAAUUCUCCAUGCUGCGGAAUGAGAAUGAUAAGUUGAAAGGCCAAGUGGAACAGCUACAGAAAACCCUUAAAGAUGAUAUCAGCAAGUUGAAGAGUGACAUCGCUCUAGAUAUCAAUCUGGAAAAAAGCAGGACAAAGGAAAAGGAGUCAGACUUGGAGAAGAGAAUCGCUCUGACAAACAACAAAAUUGAAACAGAUGUUGCAGGUCUGAGGACACUACUGGAGUCAUCCAAGGCAGACAUCAUCAAGUACCUUGCCGGCUCCAUGCUGACGUGUAUAGCCAUAGCUUCAGCCUUCCUUUUCAGACUUAUGUUCAUGAAAUAGCAGACAGGCUCCAAUAUUUUUAAACCGAAUUUA